AUGGCAACCGAAGGAUGGGAUCGAGAUGGCUUGCACGACGAUUUCAGUGAUGGCCUCGUCUUGAAUGUAGCUAAUAAGUGCGCCAACACAAUUGUGGUCGUUCAUACAGCCGGCAUUCGCCUGGUCGAUCAGUGGAUCGAUCACCCAAAUGUUACGGCUACAGUCAUCGCCCAUCUUCCGGGUCAAGACAGUGGGUCAGCCCUUGUCAAGCUCUUGUAUGGUGAGGCUUCAUUCUCUGGGAAGCUCCCGUAUACUUUGGCGCGAAACGAAAGCGAUUAUUCAGUGUACGCACCUUGUGGGAGGCAGGUCAACACCACCAGUCCCCAGUGUGAUUUCACUGAAGGCGUGUUCGUCGACUAUCGCGCCUUCGACGAAAGAGGCAUCGAGCCAAGAUUUGAAUUUGGCUUUGGCUUGACAUACACAGAAUUCACCUACUCUUCCCUACUGGUCAAGACGCAGAAUGUCUUGAUAGGCGCCGCAUCAAAUAGCAAUGCCUUGUGGGAGGUGAUACUGAAUGUUGAGGCAUCAUUCAACAACACUGGCAGUCAUGCUGGCGAGGAAGUUGUGCAGUUAUACGUCGCAAUCCCCAACAGCCCCCCGAAACAGCUUCGAGGCUUUGAUAAGGUGCCAUUGGAGAUAGGAGACAGCGCUACCGUUCAAUUUGAGCUUACACGAAGAGACCUCAGCAUUUGGGACGUUGUGGCUCAAGCUUGGACGCUUCAAGGUGGCAAUUAUACCAUUUUUGUAGGAGCAAGCAGCCGAAAUCUGCCUCUUCAAUCCUCCUUCACAUUGUGA